AUGCAGCCACAAAAGGAGAUUUGGAAAAUGUUGCAAGAGAUUCGCUUGGGAUCUGACAAGGAGAAAUGGGAUGGCUUGAAUCUUGAACAUCAAAAUCCGGCCGGAAUUAAAAGAGUUCUUCAAGCUUCUUGGGAAGCUAAAGGGUGUGUGGAUUCUAAGGCCAAUGAUGAUGGUACGAUAGGUCAUGUUGAGGAAGUUCGUAUCACUGAACCCGUACUGCAUCUUAAGAAGCCGGCUAAAGCCCAGCCUGUUGAAUUGGAGUUCAAGUAUAAGAAGUUGCAAAAGUUUUGCCCUACUUGUGGUAGUUUGCAACAUGGAUAUGAUAGGUGUCCAAAAGCUUCAACUCUUUCAGCCACAGCCGGAGCUCUUAUGGAGAUUGGUCAUGAUCCUUUUGUCACUAAUAAAGAAAGAAGAGCAGCUGUUGAAGGAUUGAACUCGGGACAGGAUUUGGGAGAAAGUUCAGGAGCUUCACAAUCAUUGCCUUUGAUCUUACAUCCAAUAUCUGAGUAUUUAAUGGAGCAGGGCUUUUGUCAACAAGCAGAGAACUCUGGUGCUAUAGCUGAGAAUGAUGCAGUAGCUAUUACUGUUGAGGAUGUUCUUAUGGGGGGCUCUUCUGCUCAGGGAACUAAGCGAAAGGUGGAUGAAACAGAUAUGGAAAUUGCACUGCCGGCUCAGAAGAAACUAAUGGACUAUCGGGAGGACUAG